GAUCUCGCAUCUUCAAGUAGUCGUAUGACAACUUCCGGUUUCCGGUUAGGAAUCUGGAUUUGCACUAAGAGCACAUGUUCCGUGUUUAAACUGACACUGUAAUUUGGAAAACACGUGCAGACUGACAGAAAUGGCGAACGUUUACUUCGAUAUCUCUAUUGGAAAGCAGCCCAAGGGAAGGAUAGUCAUGAAGUUGCACGAUGAUGUUGUUAAAAAAACCGCGGAAAAUUUUCGAGCUCUUUGCACUAAUGAAAAGGGUUUUGGGUAUAAAGAUUCCAUAUUCCAUAGAAUUAUACCCGGUUUCAUGUGCCAAGGAGGAGACUUUACCAAAGGCAAUGGAACAGGAGGAAAGAGUAUCUACGGAAAAAAAUUUGAAGAUGAAAACUUCAUUUUGAAGCACACUGAAAGAGGAAUCCUUUCCAUGGCCAACUCAGGCAAAAAUACCAAUGGAUCACAGUUCUUCAUUUGUACAGCCAAAACAUCAUGGUUGGACGGGAAGCAUGUAGUAUUUGGAAAGGUCAUCGAAGGGUUGCAAGUCCUUGACAUGAUGGAGGCUGUCGGAUCCGAAUCUGGAAAAACUACCGAGGUUGUGAAGAUAACUGGUUGUGGUACUCUCUGAAUGUGAUCAGUUGUUUGACAGAAUCUGAUAGGUCAUGUAAUAAUCACUGUCAUAUAGAUUUUUGUUAAACAAUAUGGUGUAAAACAGCUUUUAAUCUUCCUAAUGAUUGUUGGAGAAUGAAGACAGUAUAUAAAAACCAUGACUAACCACUGACCAUAACGAUAGUCUGUAGCUGAAGUUAUUAAGCAUUUUUUCCUGACUGCCUGAUUAAAUAAUCUAAACACAUAACAAAUGUACUUGUAAUUAUUGCAUUUUUUGCCUAAUCAUAAGAUGGUGGGCUGUUCAAAUCAUCAUUUGUCUUUGGUACGUCCUUCAGUCAUCUGUCCGUAAAUAAUCAUUGUUAUCACUAUUUACUGACAAGAAGCAAAAAUGUCUUGCUCAAAUUACAAUUAAAUUUUGAUAUUAUAGAAAUACAUCUGUAGGAAAAAGUUUUUAUAUACCUAAAAUCAUUAAAGAUCGCAAUGGCGGGUGCCAAAACCCAUCUGUAAUCUUUAUUUUUAUGCCCCUGCCAUGAAAUUUGGGGGUUCCCAUCCAGAUGCAAUGUAACUAGCUAAUCUCAGGAACUGCUGGUGCAAUUCUUUUCUUGUUAGGUUGUAAUAAACAUACUUUAAGUGCGAUAUAUAUACAUCCAUGCCAAACUAAUGUCAAAACUUCUAUUGAAGUGGCUUGCUUAUGUAUUAAAAAAGUAUUGUUGAAAGUU